AUGAAUUUAAUCUUUACAAACCAAACUGAAGCACAACAACAAUCACAACCUUUUGUUUUUAUUAAUGCCAAUGAUGAAAAUAUUGAUGAUAUAUUGUAUUCAGAAAAAUAUAAUUUAUCUUUAGAAGUCGCAUCAAUAAAUUCAACAUCAACAUGUAGUUAUUUUAAAAGAUCAUUUCAAAAUCACUAUAAUCAAUCAACUUCAAACAAUGAAUUUAUCAAAAGAUAUUUAGAAAUGCCAGAAGAAGUAAAAUUGCCUGGAUUG